CAGGAGCCAUCAGAAAGCCCUCCUCUUGAGACACCACAGUGCUGGGAACCCAUCUUUGCCUCUGUCUAUUCUAUCAGUACACCCCAAUAUAUCAUGUGUUUUAACCAGACCAGCCUGUGCUUUGAGGCCCAAGAAGUCUCCUCUCCUACUAAGAGCCCAGUCCAGCCCCAGUGGAGACAGAAGGCUAAAGAAGCCGAGGAUGAGCUUCAGAUGGAAGAAGCUGAAGAGAGGACCGUGCAGCAGCAAAGCAACACACAGGAAGCUGCGAUCAGCGUCAAGAGAAGUCCGGGAUCUCCAGCUGAACCUGACAGUAGGGAUGUUUCCAAGAAGAAGAUGGACUCCAGUGAAGCUACGACAGAGAGUGUCUCACACAUAAACCUGGCUCACGAGGAGGCACCAGUCGAUAGUUCCAAGAUGUCGGACGGAGGUUUCUGCGGCGGCUGCUUGCCUCCUCCAGCAGGCGGCCCCACACCGUGCGGCGACGUGGCUGCGUCAGAGAGGGAGCGCGACUUUGCCACCCUCUGCCAAAGCAGCAUGCCCAUACUCAGCUCAGCGGUCGCAGAGCACAGACGAGCAGUGCGUCCGUCUCGUCGGACCCAGGGCUCCAGAAACCCCCUUAGGGCUCUGGCAGCCAGAGAGGACAUCAGGCAGGACUACAUGGGGGACCGGGACAACGCCGCAGCCGAGGAGAGAGGCCAAGCAGAAAAAAACUGUAAGAACUCUUCCCCGCCGGAGUCACUUCCCGUCACCUCUUCAGAUAAGGAGACAACCAGGACUUUCCCUCCGUUCAGCAACCUGAUGCUAAUUCACGUCAAGGGGAGGCGGCAGGUCCAGGUGCGUCUGGUAGAACCCUCGGUCCGUUCGCUGAACAGCGGAGACUGCUUCCUGCUCGUCGCUCCGGAGCACUGCAUCCUGUGGAGCGGAGAGUUUGCCAACAAAGAGGAGAGGGCAAAGGCCCUUGAACUGGCAGCCUUUAUCCAGGGCCAUAGGGACCUCGGCUGUCAGGCCCCCCAGGUGCUCCACCUGGAGGAAGGCUUGAACUCCGAUGGCGCCGACGCUGCAGACUUUUGGAGCCUUCUAGGAGGGAGAAAACGUUACAGAGGAGCUGGUGCUCCAGAAGAGGAUGAGCUGUUUGAGCAAGGAGUUGUGGAGUCCAACUGUGUUUACAGCCUAGUGGAGGACAGAUUGGUGCCUCACGAACGGGCCUGGGCCUCCGUCCCCAGCACCUCCCUGCUGGGCUCCUCUGAGGUCCUGGUGUUUGAUUUCGGCAGCGAGGUGUAUCUGUGGCACGGACGGGAUGUUUCACCCGGCAGGAAGGACGUUGCCCUCCAGCUGACUCAGCAGGUGUGGGCGGGCGAGUACGACUACGGCAACUGUCGAGUCAACCCACUGGAUCCCACUCAGAGCAACCCCAGCGUUCAGCCGAGGGGAGAAGGCCGUCCCAGCUGGGCUCUGCUCGCCGUGGUCUCCGAGGACAGCGAGACGGCUCUUUUCAGGGAAAAGUUCCAGGGCCCGACGCGUGGAAGCGGAGACACCGUAGAAGUGACUUCAGGGAGAGAAGAGAUGCAGGUUAACCUCAUAUCCGUGCUUGCUGAACCACCCCAGCCUGAGUCGUUAUCAUCGGACGGCCUGAGUCCCUGUGAUGUUAAAGCUCUGGCAUCAGGCGGGCUGCUGGACGAGGGUGUUUCCGUGCAGACCGUCCUGGGUGGGGUCGACGUUCGUAGAGGCCGUGGGGUCAUCACCCUGGAGGAGGGCCAUCAGAUGGAGCUGAGGACCGUCUCCGUGGACACCUGGCAUGUCCAGGAGUUUGACGACAGUGAAAUCCCAGUAGAGAGCACGGGGCAGCUGCACGAAGGAGAUUCCUAUGUGAUCCGCUGGACAUACAGCAUCAGUGCUGUUGAUAACCAGGAUGAGUGUGGCAAUGCUUCCAAAUCUAAGGAAAACACAGCGUUUUUCUUGUGGCGUGGUCGGCACUCCAGCGUCAGCGGAGAAGACACAGCAGCUUUUCUAUCCAUCGGGAUGAACGAGCAGGAAGACUCACAGGUGGUCGUACCUCAGGGUGCCGAACCCCCCUGCUUCCUGCAGCUCUUCCAGGGAGGCCUGGUCAUCCACAAGGGAAAGCGAGAGGAGGCCACCUCCACUGCAGACUGGCGUCUGUUUUGCGUGCGUGGAGAGCUGCCAGAGGAGGCUUUGCUGCUAGAGGGGGAAUGCUGCUGCUCUAGUCUGAGGUCCAGGGGCUCUGUAGUGCUGCUGAACAGCCAGCAGGGGGCGCUGUAUCUCUGGACUGGCUGUAAAGCCCAUAGCGGCGCCCGUGAAGUCAGUAAGAGGGCAGUGGAGCGUCUCACUGAAAUGAGUCCAUCGGAGCUGGGACUCUGCAAAAACAACCCUGUGAAGGUGCACUUUGUGGAGGAGGGUUCAGAACCUGCAGACUUCUGGACGGCACUGGGCCAGAUGAACAGGAAGGCCUAUGACUGCAUGCUGCAAGAUCCAGGAAAGUAUAACUUCACCCCCCGCCUCUUCCACCUGAGCGCCUCUUCCGGUAAAUUUAAAGCGGAGGAGCUCCAGAGUUCGAUCCGGCUGCCGGGGGUCGUGAUGGCCAUGCCCUUCGUCCAGGAAAGCUUGUACACUGUUCCUCAACCAGCCUUGUUCCUGCUUGACAACCGAUUAGAGGUCUACCUGUGGCAGAGAGGUCAGCCUGAGCAAACGGAGAGCUCCGCUUCAGCCUGGAGCCUGUGGCAUAACGAGAGAAAGUGUGCCAUGCAGACGGCUCUGCAGUACUGCAAAGAGAUAAACCCGAGACGGCCCCCGCAGGCGUAUCUCAUCUUUGAGGGAUCAGAGCCUCUCACCUUCACUAAUGUCUUCCCCCGCUGGGAGAGGAACCUCGGACCCAUCACACAGAGGGACUCAGGGGAAGUGAAGCUGACCUUGGUGCAGGACGCCCUGGCCCAGCUCAUGAAGACCCAGUACUCUGUAGAAGAGCUGCUGCGGAGCCCCUUACCUGAAGGAGUGGACCCACAGCACCUGGAGGUCUACCUGUCUGAUCAGGACUUCCAGACUAUUCUGGAAAUGAAGCGAGACGAAUAUUCCUCCCUCCCAGUACAGAAGCAAACGGAUCUGAAGAAAAGCAAAGGGUUGUUUCAUUAGACAACCGGACGAAGUGAAAUCUUACUGACGAUGCUGCACCUGGGUCUUCUUGCUUUAAUAAGAAAGGAAGGUGAAGCAGGGAUAGCGCCAUUUUUAUUGCACAAAAGACUGCUCAGAGCGUGAUAAACAGAGAAAGACGAAUCACUUUAUUUAUGUCAGAGUAAUACGAGUGUGUGAACUUUUACCUGGGAAAACAAUUUUUCUACAGUAACCACAUGGUUCCUAUAGGGCAAAUUCUUUUUUUCUGUACAAGACAGUGAAAAAUAAGAAGCUAUGGAAAUGAGCAAGAAACAUCAAAUGAAAAACUGGGGAGGGGAGUGGGGAGCAUAUCUUUUAAAGAAAAUCAGUGCAUGUCAAUGCAAAUAAACAGGGAAAAAAAAAGAAAAUACAGAAAAAAAGAGAAAAUUCUCCAUGUGUUCUUCUUUCAUUUGUGCAUUUACAAGAAAGUAUCUGUGAGCUCAGCAGAACCUAGCAGAGUUUUCGAUAUUGUCACCAAUUAUAUUUGUGUUCCCCAAUUGUCAUCCAACUGUUAUUUUUGUGCCAGGACUUUGUGUACAAAGCCACGUAGGCCAGUGUGCUCACAUCGUCUGUGGGUAAUGCCUUAUUACGGCUCCUUGGGGAUUCACUAUUAGCUAUGCAUGAAGGAGCAGGUAGACAUGCUCCAAUAACGUCCCUCCGGCCCAAAGCGACAAGCUAAUUCAGCUUCACCUCAAUCAACAGAAAAUGUCCUCAUGACACACCGACAUAGCUCUGUAAAAAAAAAAA